CCCAAAACAAACAAAACAACAAAAUACCAAUAACAAAAAUACAAAAUACAAAAACAACCCACAAAGACACAUAGGAAGACAAACAAUUAAAGACAAACAGGGAAUCAAAACAGUAAAAACACGACAUUGUAAACAUCAGCUGAGAGAAGAAGGAAAGCUGGGAAGGUCGAGGAAGAUAUUUUGACCUUUUUACCUCUCAUUCCUUGACCUGACCUCCCCGCGCUGCCUCCAGAGACGACCUUGAAAAUUUGUGGCGAAUCAGCAAGCAAAGGAGAGGAAGCCAGCUAGUCAACACACCCACACACACACACACACACACGGCGAGAUGACAACUGAAGACAAGUUCCAAGCAGCGGUGAACAUUAUAAGAAGUUUGCCGAAAGAUGGCCCUUACCAGCCCUCCCAUGACAUGAUGCUGAAGUUCUAUGGGUUAUACAAGCAGGCAGUGGAGGGGCCUUGUACUGAGCCCAAACCAGCCUUCUAUGAGGUGGUCAGAGGGUAUAAAUGGCAUGCUUGGCACUCGCUCGGUACUAUGACUAAAGCGGAGGCCAAGAAUUGUUAUGUGGAGGAGCUUAAGAAGAUAAUUGAGACGAUGGCGUACACAGAAAACGUUGCUAAUUUUAUCGACAAGCUUGGCCCGUUUUAUGAGUACGUGGAGCUGCCAGGGAAGAAGCAGCUAAACAACAAUACCACAAAAGGCCCUCCGCCCCCACGCGACCUCUCGGACUCAGGCAAUGAGGUUACCGACAGCAGCAGUGGCAGUGGCAAUGACAGCCCUGUUCCGAAUGGUGUUAAUGGAAUUCAUGUGGACUUGUCUGAGGGCGUCACUGCUCUUCCUCCUCCUCCUCCUUCUCCUCCUCUUCCACCUCCAUCACCACUAAAGGAGGAAGAAGAAGAAGAUGAAGAUUCUAAAGAUGAAGAUGAAGAAAGUGAUGAAGAUGAGGAGGAAGAUGAGGAGGCACAAGUAACGAGAACAGGUGCCCAGCCAGGAGCAGCAGCAGCAACAGCGACUCACAGGGUAUUCAGCGACUCGGACUCAGAUGAGGAGUAUUCAGAACCCGCAGAGCAACUCAGCACACUCCCAGACACUGAGGAGGCAGCACAGGGCAGUCCAUACAGCCUGCCACAGACCACAGAGCUGCAGGACGGGGCUGUGACCUGUGGCGGUGGGGAUAAGAGUCACCCCGGCGGUCUACAGAUGACUCCUGGAAGAACUAUGCAAGGUUACCACACCAGCCACCCAAACAUACCCCUGUCGUUCCCCUCCCCAACACACCCGAGCCCUGGCCUGUGGAGGGUUACAGGUGGAGCUGGUGGCAGCGGCGGGGGCGGGGGAGGUAGGAGGGGGACUGGAGGAGAUGGAGGACGAGUGGAGGAGGAUGUGAGUGCCCAGCUGGUGGUUGUGUUGCACCGGCUACAGACUGACAUGGAGAGUGUGCUGCAUCGACUCAACACUCUGGAAACACUCACUCUCUCACAGCAUCAUGUGUUAUGCCGCCAGUGUCAGGGCAGCAGCAGCAGCAGCACGGGGACCCCAAGCAACACAGGGCAUUCAUGGUGGCCGUUCCCGGAGCUGUCACCACGCUCCACCUUCUUCCUCCUCCUGUGGCCAAUAUUCCUCCACCUUGGGUUCCGCCUCCUUCCACUCAUCAGGUGUCGGAGGAAACGCUCUUAGUGUGUGUGUGUGUGCAUUUGUGUGUGUGGCAGGUGAGUAUUUGAAUGACUGUCUCACUAUUUUGACUUUUUAUGACUUUUUUAUUUUCUUAUUAUUUGAGCUGAAAGAAGUAAAAGUCAGGUGUGUAAAAGGGAAACAAUGAAAGAAUGAUAAAGGGUAGAAAGAUAAAGAAAAA